AUGGCAGAAAUUCCACCCGACCAGCCCGUCGCAGCGACGCCUCACAUUCGUCUCAAUUCAGGACAACACAAUCCUUUCCAGGAAGAGAACAGCCGCAUAGAUGAAAGCCGCUGUCCUUCUAUCCCAAAUCACAUAUCAGAACUCCCUGGACGUCCAUUGACGCCUACUGCACCUACCAUAAUAGAGUCGCCCUCGACUGGAACCAUCCAGACGAUGUAUGCAUCAUCGAACCACGUUGGGUCGACCGAAUUCUUGAUACCACCGCGGCCGCAUCAUAUUCGAGGCGAAUUUGAUCAUAUACGCUCCCCUAACCUCUCUAUACUCUCGUCUCGCCGGACCAGCUGGAGUUCAGCAAGUUAUGACACAAGGGGCUAUGCUUACAGUCAGUUUGACCAAUCCCGAGCGCCAUCCCACGCAGAAAGCGAUGAGAAUGACGUGAAUACACAAACAGUGACGGAGAAGUUCAACAUCAUGCCAACCGAAGGGUUGUUGCUUUUCCCGGAAGAUGAGGAAAAGGAUGACUACCUGCAUAACCCAGACGCAAGCGAUAGGGACCGAGAGUGCGAUAUUUGGAACGCACGAGGCAUGAUCAAUGUUGGUGGUUUGAUUCUGGUCAGUGUAGGCUUUUUGAUUCUCUUCGUCGGGUACCCUGUUGUAACCGCCAUGGGUGGGUUUAAGAGACCGGGUCCAAAAUGCGAAGCGGGCGAUACGCUAUGUCUCGACGUCGGCGAUCGACCUUUGCUCACAAAAAUACGCACGGGAUUGAUAGACCCAGAUACGCCAGAAUCGGCGUACAAGAAGAAGGCAGCGGAUGGAAAGGAGUGGCAAUUGGCUUUCUCUGAUGAAUUUAAUACGCCGGGCCGAACGUUCUACGACGGGGACGAUCCUUACUACCAAGCUAUGGAUUUAUGGUAUGGCGUUACACAGGAUCUAGAGUGGUACGAUCCUGACGCAGUUACUACGAGAGACGGGGUGCUGGAAAUCCGAUUUGACAACUUUACGAACCACGACCUGAGGUACCGAUCUGGUAUGUUGCAAAGCUGGAAUAAGCUUUGCUUUUCUGGUGGGCGCUUGGAAGCUAGCAUCUCGCUUCCAGGAUCCGGCGAGAUAUCUGGCUUGUGGCCUGGAUUCUGGGCAAUGGGAAACUUGGGCAGACCUGGCUAUGCGGCCACCACCGACGGGAUGUGGCCGUAUAGUUACUCUAACGUGUGUGACGCUGGUAUCACACCCAACCAAAGCUCCACCGACGGUAUUAGUUGGCUGCCCGGAAUGCGUCUCCCAUCAUGUACUUGUCCUGGUUCGGAUCAUCCCAGCCCCGGCUAUUCCAGGGGUGCUCCUGAAAUCGAUGUGAUUGAAGCUAGCGUUAUGGCUCUCGAUAAGGAGGGGAAACAUGUGGUAGGGUCGGUUUCGCAGAGCUUGCAGAUGGCUCCUUAUGAUGUUUGGUACAUGCCUGAUUAUGAUUUUACCGCUGUGUAUAACCCACACGUCACCGAGAUCAACACCUACCGAGGUGGACCUUACCAACAGGCCAUGUCUGGUCUUACAACCCUCAACAACAAGUGGUACAAUGGUACUGAGUACCAAGUUUACGCCUUUGAGUAUACCCCCGGCGCGGAGGGAAACGUGACCUGGUUCGUGGGGGGGGACAAGACCUGGACUCUUGACGGCAAAGCACUGGGGCCUAACGCCAAUGUUGGCCAGCGAGUGAUUCCCAUGGAGCCAAUGUCCAUCGUCAUGAACCUGGGGAUGGCGUGGAACUUUGCUCCGAUCAACAAGAGAAUUGAGGAGUACAUGCCUGCUUACAUGCGCUUUGACUAUAUCCGUAUCUACCAGGAUCCGGAUAACAUGAGCAUGACCUGUGACCCAAACGGUUACGAAACGACCGAGUAUAUUGCUCAACAUCCCGUCGCGUAUAAUAACAUGAACAAAACAUCCUGGUCUGCCGCGGGAUACGACUGGCCCCAAAAUACUCUCAUGCACAAAUGUUAGCUAUGUAUGCCUUCUCCACCUCAAGAGACGCACCCAGUUCGCGCAGUUUUUUCCCUCCUUCCUUUCUCUUCCCUGGUGGUCCCUGUCGAAUGAGGAUUCUCCGAGUCGUUUUUAGCGGCAUCAUCCGUUGGCGUUGGGCGUGGCAGGUUAAUGGUGUUUGUUCUUUGCUUCUUCC